AAAACCCGAAAGAGAGAAUUGAGAAUCCUCUUCUCCACCAAGCACGUCUGUGUGCCUCUCUGCAAAUAAGCAAUUUCCUCAGAACAAUUACAUUUCGAUUCGUUUCUCUUCUCCUCUUGAUCUCUUCUUGUUUCUCUGUGGAUCUCCCGAUGUUGGUUUCGAGAAUUUUGUCGCGAGUUUCUCGCAGCGCGGGCUUACGCUCCUCUCUCUCCGCCGUCACUCUCCCGGCGAGGAAUCAGACUCCUGUCUUCUCGAGCCGGUUUCACUCACUCGCUCACGAGUUCUCGCUUAAGCUUGUUCCAGCUCGGGUGUCUAUGGAUUCUUUUGCACUGCAAAGGUUCUCUUUUUCUUCCUCUACCUCGCCUGAAUCAGAUGAGAAGAAGACCUACACUGAGGCCUCAAAGACAAGUGAAGAGAAACCUACAGCUGAGGCCAACCAACCAGGUCUGGACACUGAAUCUAAAGAUUCUGUGACCGAUUCUGCAAAAAGAAAACGGAAAGGUGCUAAAGGAGCUGCAUCUUCUGAAUCAGAUUCUGAGAGUGAUGAUGAUGAGUUGUCAAAGGAUGAUUUGGUGAAGCUCGUAGCUGAAAAGGAAGAGCUACUGUCUGAGAAGGAAGAAGAGAUUAAGAAAAUGAAAGAUAAAGUUCUUCGCACUUAUGCUGAGAUGGAGAAUGUCAUGGACAGAACAAGACGUGAUGCUGAAAACACCAAAAAGUAUGCCGUACAGAAUUUUGCAAAGAGCCUUCUGGAUGUGGCGGAUAAUCUUGGAAGAGCUUCUUCGGUUGUCAAAGAAAGCUUCUCAAAGCUUGACACCUCAGAAGAUUCUGCUGGAGCAGCUCCACUAUUAAAGACCCUUUUAGAAGGAGUGGAGAUGACUGAGAAACAGCUAGCUGAGGUAUUUAAGAAAUUUGGUAUGGAGAAGUAUGAUCCUACAAACGAGCCGUUUGAUCCAAACAGACAUAACGCAGUAUUCCAAGUCCCUGACGCUUCUAAGCCAGAAGGCACAGUUGCUCAUGUCUUGAAGUAUGGAUACACGCUGUAUGACCGAGUUAUAAGACCAGCUGAGGUUGGUGUUACCCAGGGAGGAGAGAACCAAGAAGAAAAGAAAGAGUCUGAUGCUUAAGAAGAAGUCAGCUGGUUUCCAUAAAUUUUGUUACGGUUCUAUGUUUGAGUUACUCAUUAACAUCUUCUCGAGUCUUUGAGUCAUAGUUUUCUCUUGUGGUUUGGUUAUUCAUUAGAUGAACAAGAUCUCCCAUAAGUUCCUGGACACGGCAUUUGCAGGGGAAAUCCUGCUUCUGUGUCUGUUUUCUCUAUCUCCAUGCGUUAAUUGCA